UCAGAAUAAAUCAACAAGAAGAUCAAGCGGCGAAUGAACAACCUGAGAACACAGUUUCAAAUUUUCAGCUAAUAGUCAUUGCCAAUUGUGAAACUCCAUCAUCCAAUGGCUUCUUCAUCGAAACCCAAAAAGAUUUACAACGUCUUCUUGAGUUUUAGAGGUAUGGAUCUACGUAACAACUUCAUUGGCCAUCUCUACCAAGCUUUACACCAGAAUGGAAUAUACACUUUCCGGGAUAGCGAGGAACUGAGGAAGGGAGACCAAAUAUCAACGGCACUUAUGAAGGCUAUUGAAGAAUCGCGCAUCGCGAUCAUCAUUUUCUCCAAGGAUUACGCUUCCUCACCGUGGUGUUUGGAAGAGUUGACAAAAAUCAUGGAAUGCAAGGAGCAAAGAGACCUCAUAGUCUUUUCAGUGUUUUACAAAGUGGAGCCCAGGGAAGUGAGAACACCAAGAGGGAGUUACAACGAUGCUUUGGUUAAGCAUGAGUCCCAGUUUAUGAUGGAUUCAGAGAAAGUAAAGAGAUGGAAGAAAGCUCUUUUUGACGCCGGUUGCUCGUCUGGGUGGCAUUUGAAUGAUGGAGAUGAGUGGGAGCUUAUACAAAGAAUUGUGAAGGAAAUCUCCACUCACCUAAACCGAACACCUUUGUACGUUGCUAAGCAUCCGGUUGGGAUAGAUGCUCAAGUGGUUAAGCUGAAAUCGAUGUUAAAUGUUGACUUUGAUGAUGAUGUUGUCAUGGUGGGAUUAUGGGGUCCCGGAGGCAUAGGCAAGACAACCUUAGUAAAAGCCCUUUAUAAUGCUACUGUUAGUCAAUUUGAGGGUUCAUGUUUUCUUGCAAAUGUUCGAGAAACUUCACAAGGUUGCAUGGGUCUAGUUACUUUGCAAGAAAAAUUACUAAAAGAUGCAUUAUUACUACAACAAAGAUUAGAAUUGUCAAAUGUUGAUAAAGGUAUUAAUAUAAUACAACACAGACUUUGUUGCAAGAAAGUUCUCCUCAUCCUUGAUGAUGUGGAUGACUUGAGCCAAUUGAAUGCUUUAGCAGGAGAAGGCAACUGGUUUGGUGAUGGAAGUAGGAUUAUCGUUACUACAAGAGAUAAACGAAUGCUACAUGGCCUAGAUCAUAUAUAUGAAGUUAAAGCACUCAAUGCCAGUGAAUCUCGUGAGCUGCUUAGCCAUCAUGCUUUUCCGACACACCAAAAAUUAGAAAUCAGGACAGAUCUGGUGAAUAGUGUUCUGAAACAUGCUGGAGGCCUUCCUUUAGCGCUUGAGUUGUUGGGUUCCUUCUUACGUGAUAGAGGAGAACGUGAAUGGAAGAGUACGCUAAAAAAACUUUCUAGAAUUCCUGACAAAACCAUUAAUGAUGUGCUCAAAAUAAGUUAUGAUGGGCUAGAGGAAAAUGAGAAAGAGAUCUUUCUCCACAUUGCCUGCUUCUUUAAGGGGCGGACAAGAGAGUAUACAAAGAAAGUUCUUGACAAUUGCGAUCUUGAGACAGCUGUAGGAUUUGAUAUUCUCAUUAAGAGGUCCUUGAUAAGCAUUGAGUUUGGAAUCCUAAAAAUGCAUGAUUUGAUUCAAGCGAUGGGUGUAGAUAAGGUGCACCGAGAAUGUCGAGAUGAUCCUAGAAGACGUAGCAGACUAUGGUUGUAUGAUGAUGUUGUCGAUGUUCUGUCACAUGAAAUGGGAGAUUGUGCUGUAAAAGCUAUAGUGUUGGAACUACCUGAGCCGAUAGAGAUGUGUAUCUAUCCUAAUGCUUUUACAAAAAUGAGAAGGCUGAGAUUGCUCAUCUUGCGGAAUGUGCAUAAUUCUUUCCAAGGUCCUAUAUGUCUUCCUAAUGAGCUUGGAUGGUUUGAAUGGCCUGGAUGUGCUCACCAGAUUCCAGAAUUUUCCUUUGGUCCAAAGAAAAUAGUGGGACUUAAUAUGAGCGGAGGCAACAUCACAAGAGUGGUGAAACAAUUUAAGGACUUCCAACAGAUGAAGUAUAUUGAUUUCAGUGAAUGCGAGUUGUUAGUUAGUAUGCCCGACCUCUCGUGCACUCCAAAACUUAAGGAAUUGUAUCUCCGAGAUUGCAAAAACUUGGUAGAAGCCCAUGAGUCAAUUGCAUAUCAUAACAAGUUACAAGUGUUGAAUUUAAGUGGAUGCAAAAGUUUUGAAAGGUUCCCUGAUAUUCCACAUAAACUCGAAAGCCUGAAAUUUCUUUUUUUAAAAGGGACCGCUAUCAAAGAACUUCCUGCAUCACUAGAAAAUCUUGUCUCUUUGGAGAGUAUGGAUUUAUGUAAUUGCAAGAACCUAAUAAGUCUUCCGUCCACCAUAUACAAGUUACAAAACAUUCAAGAAUUGAUACUUCAGGAUUGCACGACCUUAAUUGGGUUUCCAAAGUACGAGGAUCCUGCUAAUCUGUCUAUGAAGACUGGAUUUCCAAGUUUACAAUAUUUAAACCUUCAGGGAUGUAACCUGUUCGAAGUGGAGUUUCUUGAGAAUCUUUCCAGUUUUCCUGUCUUGAGAAGGUUAAAUCUGUCAAGGAACAAUAUUACUAACCUUCCAACAUCCAUCAAUAAGCGUGAUCAUUUGUCCCUGUUAAAUGUGGGAGAUUGCUAUCAAUUGCAAGAGAUUCCCGAGCUUCCACCAUAUUUGAAUUACUUUUGGGCGGAUAAUUGCAAAUCUCUGCAAAAAACUGGAGAUCUCAUUUCAUCCCGUGAAAUUGCCCUUAAAGGGUUGAGCAUGAUUCAGAAAUACACGAUUGAUUGUUAUUCCUUUAUUUGUCUCCCUGGAGGAGAGAUGCCAGAGUGGUUCGUCCCCGUUGAAGAAGGUUUGGUAUCUUUCCGGGCUUCAAAGGACUUGUAUAACAAGUUUCUUGGAUUGGCUUUCUGUGUCGUUCUCAGUAAUAAUGAACAGAAAGAGCAACAAAGUUGUUUCAUAAAACCAUAUGUUAAUGGCCAAAGACAGGGGGACAUUGAAUGGAUGCUCAAUUCCUUUGAUUCGGAUCAUCUCUGGCUUCAGUUUCAUACACCAUAUUUGUUUUUUAGAGCAAUCGAUUUUGGUCCAAUUGAUGGAAGUUAUAAACAAUUUGGGCUUGAAGUGUCAUGUGAAAAAUUAAAAAAGUGGGGAUUUCGAAUAAUAUGCAAGCAACUAGAGGAUAAUCUAAAGGUUAUGGUCCAGCACAAUCAGCUAAUGGAUCCAGCUUUACUCUAUGAGAUUGGUCAUGACUCAACCAAUUCAGAAACUGAGAGUUCAAGCAUGCACGAAGACACUUUGAGAGAAAUAGAUUGUCAUACUGAGGAACAUAAUCAAAUAGGAUCAAAGAGAAACCAUGAGUUUAUUCUCCCUCAAGGCAAGCGAGUCAAGAUGGUGUUGACUUCCAAUUCGACCGAUAGAGAAGAGAAUGGUGAGGAAGCAAUUCGUAGGCAAACUUCAACUUCCACCAACGCCACUUUCAGCAUCGCAACUGCUCAUCUUCCAUCAGACACCGGUGAAGCUCCGACAAAUGUGAGAUCCCCACCUGCCAAUGAAGGCGACGAACCAUGAAGUUCGUCUUCCUGAAAUAAAGUCCCUAUCGAAUCGAUGGCAAUGGAGGCCGGCGAGCAAAGGCAACGGACUACCACUGCCGUCCGAAGCCAUGGAAACUGAUGAUGUAGCUUCACGUGAACGAUUCUCUGCAGAGGUUCUGGGCUUCAUGUAGCUUGCUAUAUAUCGAGUAACAUCUGACACAUCCGAAAUGUGAUACUUGAGAUGAAUUUUGAAUUCAACUUGUAUGGUGCUACAAUUGCGCGGGAACUUGAAGAUUGUGUCGUUGAAUUUGUUCGAGAUAUGUUGAAUAAGUGUUUCUUCAUAA